AUGGCGACAAGAAUGGGAACCAACGAUGGCCCGCUCAUAUUUGUACUCGCUGCUAUCUUCUGCUUGAUAAUGCUGCAAAUGCUCUUGGGCAGUUCGCGUGACGAUUUUGGUCUGCAACCCCGAAAAGCAAAUCAAGACUGUACCACCGAACUGGCACGCGAUCUCUAUGGACUCGGUGUUCGGCUUGGUAUCUACCUCCAGUGGUUCUCGGGAUGGGUGUCCAACACCUUCAUCGUUGAUGAGAUAAAUGGAGGGUUGGAUGCCAACGCGAUCUUCCUGACUGCAAUCCUGACAGCCAUGAUUCGUAGCACAAGAACUGAUGACAUAACAUUCAUGGACGGUUUGAUCAUGUUGCUGCUGUGCGCAGGCACCACGUGGGGUGUGUUGAGCCUGUGGGGAUACCGAACAUGUGUAUAUCGCAAGGAGGGUCUAAAUGGGAUUCGGAAAUUUGGCGGCUUUGGCACACACUUGAGACUUCUCCUCGGCGCUGGAGUGAGCUGGUAUGCUAUCUGGUACUGGUCAGUGGGUACCGAAGGAUUACCGAAAGGUCUGGAUCAAUUUGGCACAGUGGACGACAGUUGCCGGAAGGAUAUGGUAACGAUGUUCGAGCUGCCUCUCAAAGGUAUAGCAAGCAAUGCUGCACUCGGUGUGAGCAGUGUCUCUGGAGCGUAUAGCAUCGCUAUCGUACUUGCUACCCCGAUUGCAGCCGUCACUCGGGUUGGUAAGAUAGUACAUUUCCUGCGAGGCGGGCAAUAUGCAUCAACCACUCGGCUUCGGUAUGCAACAGGUGCAACUAAGGAACAGAUGAUAGUCAUGAGCAAGAUGCUGUGCGUCUUCAAUUUGUGGUGGAUCAUAUUCGCCAUGGUUGUCAUCGAGUUCACCCUGGAUGAGAAUCGGGCAACAGGUGUCCUCAUUACCAAUGCUCGAACAGCAGAUACUCGCAUCCUUGAACCAUCGCAACUGCUUCCAAUGCUGAUUGGAACCUUCUCUUUCAUUCGCAUUCUGUUCAUCGCCUUCGAACACUGGAGAAGUCCCGAUGGAGACAUCACCCCGUCUUUGGGCCGAAAUGCUUCAAACAGAAACGCGAAAGCUAAGCGCGACUCGAUGCAGGGUCUCAACAUCUUGAAACUUUUUUCGUCGAGCAACGCAAAAUCACAAGAGUGCGCUCAUGCUGACGAAAGCCAUGAUUCGCAACAGACGUGGGACGGUGAACAUAACGAUGCAUACUAUAACCUUCAUUCGAGACUGAACACCUCUCGUCGGAUACUCAUCACUGUUCUGCCAUGGUUCUCCUUACUCUGGUUCUGGCCUUGGAGUGAAGACAUUGUUGGACCUGUGCCGCAAGGUGAGGACACUAUUGCACUGAGACCUAAACCACGAAACGAAUCCAUCUCGCUUCAGACGCCUCACAGAACACGAUUUGCCGACUCUGAGGACGAGAUAGAUGAGGACGAUACUGAGGCUGGUUACCAUCAGGAUUCCCAUGUACCUUUGUCAGACUCGUGCGCUUCAAAUGUAACAGGAAUUGUCUGA